AUGGCUUUGAAAGAUAAUAUAAAUUUUUUUUUUAAUAAUUAUGAUAUUAGAAAUAUAUUUAAUUAUAAUAUAUUGACUCAUUCAAUAGAGUUGAAGGAUGAUGAGGAAUCCUUAUUAAUUCUAAACAAUUCUGGUGUAAAUAAGCAUUUGAGAAAAUUGCUUUUCCUUUAUAAAUAUACAUUUUGGUUUACAAUAAUAAACUCAAUCUCAAUAUUACUUCGAAACUUUAUACCUUCAUUAAGUUUUUUAAAUUUUUUUGUUAUUACCUAUUGUUUUAUUGCAAUCUUUAACAUACUUUACUCCAUAAAUUUGUUCAAAACUUAUUGUAAAGCACUUAUCACGGCACCACCUCCUAGUUUAAUAGAGUGUACUCAAAAUGACACUUCAGAAAAUAAAGAACUCAGAGAUAUUAGAAAUAUUAGUGAGAACCCUAGUUGUAAAAGAUGCAUUAAACAAAUCUCUGCCAAUGAGUCAGAUUUUAUUUUGAAAAAUAUAUAUAUUUCAAUAAGAAUUACAAUUAUUUCGUUAGUGGUAAUUGCCUGUUUCAUUAAUUAUGUGGUAUAUACUAAUGAGGAUGGUACACCUUUCGAUUAUUUUUUCCCAUUAUUGAAUGUCUUAUUUUGCAAUUAUAUCCAAUGUGUCAGCAUAAUAAAAUUGUUUAAUGAUUUAAUUGAAUUUAGUUUAAUACAUCCAUUAGAUUUGGUAAAUGAGGUAACACCCUCGGAUAGAAUGUAG